AGCAAUUUGUUUUUUUUUUUUCUUGCAGAACCAAAACCGCCAUUUUCUUCCUGCUUCUUCCACAACCUUCCUCACUUCCAUUCCAUCCUCUACUAGUCUUCAGCUCAGAAGAACUUCCGCCACACUUCUCCUUCCAAAUUUCUUGUGGGUUCUUCUGAAACCUUCUGCUUCUGAACCCGAUUCCCGUUCUCUGGGGCGGCCGGCAGCCAUGCCCAUCCACAUAUCCACUUCGGCGCCUUGUUCUCCAUCUCUUCUCCGCUCUCGCCUCGCCGCUUCCUGCAGGUUCCCCGCCACUUCCAAGCCUCUCCGUUCUUCCGCUUCCUCAACCGAAUCGUUUGUUUCUCGUUCUUCUUCCUCUGUCUCGUUCGGUAGCCAGUUACAGAAGGCUCGGUCACUGAGCUUCUCGUCGGGGUUGCGGUCAUUCCGGUGCUGUCCUGCUCAGCGGUGGAGCCAUGGAGUCGAUUGGCGAUCUCCUUUGAGCCUCCGAGCUCAGGCGCCGGCGACUUCCCCUUUCGUUGAUCGGCUUCAGAAGUCCGUUUCCACUAUGGCUACUGAGAAUCCUUUUAAAGGUUUAUUGACUUCCCUUCCCAAGGCUGGGGGCGGAGAGUUUGGGAAAUUCUACAGCUUACCUGCUCUGAAUGAUCCGAGAAUUGACAGGCUUCCAUACUCUAUCAGAAUUCUUCUGGAAUCUGCAAUCAGGAACUGUGAUGAAUUCCAAGUUACUAAAGAGGAUGUUGAGAAGAUUAUUGAUUGGGAGAAUACGUCGCCGAAGAAUGUCGAAAUCCCCUUUAAACCUGCUCGAGUGCUGCUACAGGAUUUCACUGGAGUGCCAGCUGUGGUUGACCUGGCAUGCAUGAGGGAUGCUAUGAAGAAUCUUGGCAGUGAUCCUAAAAAGAUCAAUCCAUUGGUUCCAGUGGACCUUGUAGUUGAUCAUUCUGUUCAGGUUGAUGUUGCGCGGACUGAGAAUGCUGUGCAAACAAACAUGGAACAUGAGUUUAGGAGAAAUAGGGAGAGAUUUGCUUUCCUCAAAUGGGGCGCAUCUGCUUUUCAGAACAUGCUUGUUGUUCCUCCUGGUUCUGGAAUUGUUCACCAGGUUAAUUUGGAAUACCUUGGACGUGUAGUCUUUAACACCGAAGGACUUCUGUACCCUGAUAGUGUUGUUGGGACAGACUCACAUACGACUAUGAUUGAUGGUUUAGGAGUUGCUGGCUGGGGAGUUGGAGGAAUCGAAGCAGAAGCAACAAUGCUUGGGCAGCCCAUGAGUAUGGUGCUCCCUGGUGUUGUUGGUUUCAAAUUGUCUGGUGAAUUACGUGAUGGAGUCACAGCAACUGACUUGGUUUUGACGGUGACUCAAAUGCUGAGGAAGCAUGGUGUUGUUGGGAAGUUUGUGGAGUUCUAUGGUGAUGGCAUGAGUAGACUAUCGUUGGCUGAUAGGGCUACAAUUGCAAAUAUGUCUCCUGAGUAUGGAGCAACAAUGGGUUUCUUCCCUGUUGAUCAUGUCACACUAGAAUAUCUGAAACUGACUGGAAGAAGUGAUGACACGGUGGCUAUGAUAGAACAAUACCUGCGCGCCAACAAUAUGUUUGUUGACUACAAUGAGCCUGCACAAGAGAGGUCGUACUCAUCAUACAUGCAAUUGGACCUUGCAGAAGUUGAGCCUUGUGUUUCAGGACCAAAGAGACCUCAUGACCGUGUACCUUUGAAAGAUAUGAAGCUUGACUGGCGGGCAUGUCUUGGCAACCCAGUUGGGUUCAAGGGAUUUGGUAUACCUGAUGAAGAACAUUAUAAAGUGGCGAAGUUCUCAUUUCAUGGACAACCUGCUGAACUUGCACAUGGAAGUAUUGUCAUUGCAGCUAUCACAAGUUGUACAAACACAUCAAACCCUAGUGUUAUGCUUGGAGCUGGUCUGGUCGCGAAGAAAGCUUGUGAACUUGGGUUACAGGUUAAGCCAUGGAUUAAAACUAGUCUUGCUCCAGGGUCUGGAGUAGUCACAAAAUAUUUGCAGAGAAGUGGAUUGCAGAAAUACUUGGAUGAGCAAGGCUUUCAGCAUGUUGGCUAUGGUUGCACCACUUGUAUUGGAAAUUCUGGAGAGCUUGAUGAUUCAGUAGCUUCUGCCAUUUCAAACAAUGACAUCAUAGCUGCAGCUGUACUCUCUGGGAAUCGUAAUUUUGAAGGGCGGAUUCAUCCAUUGACAAGAGCUAAUUAUCUAGCUUCUCCUCCACUAGUUGUUGCCUAUGCCCUCGCAGGCACGGUUGAUAUCGACUUUGAGAAGGAGCCGAUCGGAACAGGGAAGGGCGGCAAAGAUGUGUUCUUCAGGGACAUCUGGCCUAGUAAUGAAGAAAUUGCAGAGGUUGUGCAAUCCAGUGUGCUACCAGAUAUGUUCAGGAGCACUUAUGAAGCCAUCACAAACGGCAACCCCAUGUGGAAUCAGCUCAGCAUCCCUGCUUCAAUUCUUUACUCUUGGGAUCCAAAGUCUACAUACAUUCACGAGCCACCAUACUUCAAGGAUAUGACCAUGGAACCACCUGGUCCUCAUGGAGUGAAGAAUGCUUAUUGCUUGCUCAAGUUUGGUGACAGUGUAACUACCGAUCACAUCUCUCCUGCAGGCAGUAUCCACAAAGAAAGCCCUGCUGCUCGGUUCCUUAGAGAGCGUGGUGUAGAUCCAAAGGACUUCAAUUCUUAUGGCAGCCGUCGUGGCAAUGAUGAAGUAAUGGCAAGGGGAACCUUCGCGAAUAUUCGCCUUGUGAACAGGCUCGUGAAUGAAGUAGGGCCGAUGACAGUUCACAUUCCAACUGGAGAGAAGCUUCAUGUGUUCGAUGUAGCGAUGAGGUAUAUGGAAGCUGGGGAGGAGACCGUAGUGAUAGCUGGCGCAGAAUAUGGGAGUGGUAGCUCUCGGGAUUGGGCUGCUAAGGGUCCAAAGCUGCUGGGAGUGAAAGCAGUAAUUGCCAAGAGUUUUGAAAGAAUUCACAGGAGCAAUCUGGUUGGCAUGGGGAUAAUCCCCCUGUGUUUCAAGCCUGGUGAGGAUGCAGACACGUUAGGACUGACUGGUCGUGAACGCUACACCAUUGACCUUCCAAAGAAGAUCAGUGAACUGAAGCCUGGGCAGGAUGUUACCGUUACAACAGAUAGCGGUAAAUCUUUCACUUGCACAACUCGCUUUGACACAGAGGUAGAAUUGGCCUACUUUGAUCAUGGAGGGAUCCUGCCUUAUGUCCUAAGAAACUUGGUCGACAGUAAACAAUAAUAUGAACAUAGCAACUUCCAGCGGUUAUUCCACUUUACAUACACCUAAACAGAACUACUGGUACCACACGCCAAGAUGGGAAAGAGUGCUUUUCCAGAGACAAUUGAGUGCUUUUCGUUUUAAGUGCGUGCUCAUCGUUGUGCAUAUUCAAUAGUUUCAGUCGGCAUGUUUUCUGAAUCCCAUUCCUGGAGUUACAGCAAGGACACAGACAAACUGUGAUAUGUAACAAUGUAUGAGCUUCAGCAUUUUGA